GUUAAAACUGUGACAGAUGAAUUUCACUAUUUAGUGGAAAAAGAAUAUAAAAUUUUAAAGAAAAUCAGAAAGUUGGACCCUGACAGGAACAAUUUGGUCAAGUUUUACGAACGUUUUAGAUUCAAGCAUCAAACCUGCUUUGCGUUUGAAUUUUUGGACCGAAGCUUAUAUGAUUUUAUGCGUGAAAGAAGAGGCCUGCAGCUUUCUGUCUCUGAGAUCAGAGUUAUUGCUGAGCAGAUGCUCGUUGCUUUGAAUGCACUAAAAAGCAGAGAAAUUGUUCAUACAGACGUCAAGUUAGAAAAUAUUGUUCUUGUCAACCAUCAGUUACAGCCGUUUAAAGUUAAACUGGUAGAUUUUGGCCUAGCUGCUCUCAGAUCCGAAUUUCCAGUGGGAGCUUCGUUUCUGGGUCGUGCUUACAGGCCCCCAGAGGUCAUUUUAGGCCUGCCAGUAGACGAAGGUAUUGAUAUGUGGGCUCUUGGCUGUGUUUUGGUUGAACUAUUUACUGGUCAGUACAUGUUUUCUGCAAGUUCUAACUAUGAAAUCUUGAGGAACAUCAUACAGUUACAAGGAACGCCCCUGCAGAAUUUUAUCAGGAAUGGAUUUUAUGCAGAGAAAUACUUCACACCACCUCAAGAUUCUACUGGCUUUGGCUGGCAGCUGAAGACACCACAGGAAUACUACGCCAGCGUGGAAAGACAAGGAUGGGAUUGUAACAUUUCCAAUUUAAUAAGCUCUUUUGAUGAUAUGCCAAGGUUGCACAAGAUGGCUGAAAACCCUGAGGACAUUUUGGCUUUUAUGGACCUUCUCAAGAAGAUGCUGGAGAUAGAUCCAAUGAUACGUAUCACCCCAGGUGAGGCCUUGCAGCAUGACUUUAUCAGAAAGUAUUACUUACGUCCUGAACAGCAUGACUUAUUUAUAAGGCCACCACAUUCAACCACAAGGAAUUCCCAGGUUGAGACGUCUACUGAAAUCAUAUCUACUCAGUGCGGCGGUUAUCGGAUCGAGCAAUCCCAGAAUUCAGGCGUUUUUGGAGAAGUGUUUACUUGCACAAAAAUGGACACCCAGGAAGUUGUAGCAGUUAAAAUUGUAAAGGAGGAAUAUCGCAACGUAGCAAUAAAAGAGUAUAAAAUGUUAGAUAAAAUCGGACAGCUGGACCCUGACAGGAACAAUUUGAUCAAAUUUUACGAAUGUUUCAGAUACAACAAUCAAAUUUGCUUUGCGUUUGAAUUAUUGGAUCAAAACCUUUAUGACUUUAUGCGUGAUAGGAACUUAACGCCGCUGUCUGUCUCUGAGAUCAGAAUUAUUGCUGAGCAGAUGCUGGUUGCUUUGGAUACACUGAAGAGCCAGGAAAUUAUUCAUACUGACAUCAAGCCAGACAACAUUAUGCUUGUGAACCAUCAGUUACAGCCUUUUAAAGUUAAACUGAUCGAUUUCGGCCUAGCUGCUAUGAAACCAGAGUUAGCGGUGGGAGCUAUGCUACAGGCUCCUGCUUACAGGUCUCCAGAGGUCAUUUUAGGCCUGCCAGUGGACGAAGGUAUUGAUAUGUGGGCUCUUGGCUGUGUUUUGGCUGAAUUAUUUACUGGUCAGUAUAUGUUUGCUGCAAGUUCUGGAUAUGAAAUCAUGAGAAACAUCAUGAAGUUACAAGGAAUGCCCCCGCAGGAUUUAAUAGAGAAUGGAUUUUAUGCAGGGAAAUACUUUACUCUCUCUCAAGACUCUACUGGCUUUGUCUGGCAGCUGAAGUCACCAGAGGAAUACUACGGCGGCAUGGUAAUCCAAGAAAGGGAUUAUAACAACAUCUGCGAUUCAAUAAGAUCUCUUGAUGACCUGCCAUGGUUGCACGAGACAGAUGAUGACUCUAUGGACACUCUGGCUUUUAUUGACCUCCUCAAGAAGAUGCUGGAGAUAGAUCCUAGGAAUCGUAUCACCCCAGGGCUCCAUCUGAUGUUCCUCUGGAGGAACGUCAGUGUGUCUUCACGUGUGUCGGGUUUGCCAGCUUGAAGACAAAGCUCCCUCCAGAUCGCUGAGGUCUGCUGACCAGUCAGGUCCUGUGGUCCCGAGGUCCAGGCUGAAAAGAAGAGGUGACAGAGCUUUUUUUUGCUGUCAGCCCCAAAUUGUAGAACAGCCUCCCCAUUAAUAUGAGGAUCUCACCAACUGUGGACAUUUUUAAAUCUCGUUUCAAGACUUAUUUUUAUUCUCUUGCUUUUAAACCAGACAGCGUUUUGGCAUUUUGGCUGAUUUUUUCUUUCAUGUUUGUGUUUUCAGUCGUUUUUUUUCUGUUCAGUGGUUUCUGUUUCCAGCUCGUUAGUUCACCUGGUCUGAUUGCUCCCUCACUUCACCUGUUCCCUGUAUAUAUACGCCUUGGUUUCUCUGACUCAGUGCCAGAUCAUUGUUGUUGUUUCCGUGUUCAGUCUGUAUCGGCUGCCUUGUUCCUUGAUAUUAAAUCCUGGAUAGUGGCGUUGGUUUGUCUCCUGCCUCAUCAGUCUGCGUUUGGGUCCUCACCUCUGCUGUCCUGUCACAUUAUAUCCAUAAAGCUCCU